UUGAUCAUCGUCACAAUUGCCCGGCCAAGAUGGAGCCAAGGCCAAAAUCAAGGCGUUGCCGUCUUGGAAUUGAGAGGCUCCGAAUACUCUAAAAUAUCGCCCAAGUUUCUCGACUGUUUCCAGGGGGUUGCGAUGUGAUCCCGCGGCCUUUGGGUAACGGAGGUUGCUACGUGACUGAAGCCUUCUCCUUCUGCGCACUCUCUCCUGCAUUGCACAUCAGCAUCACCUGUGGCAGAUGGAAGGGAAUAUGAAAUGAGAAGAUGGCUGUGGGCCUUGGCCACUCCACCUGUAAGCCAGUUGGCGCUGAGACUUGAUGUAAUCCAAGGCCACACAGAAAGCGCUCAAGCUAAAGCCAAGACGCCGAGAGGUUCCGAAGAAUUGUUGCACAACGCGGUACCAUGCCGGCGCGCUUUGCGGACUGGUAUGUCGCCUUUGGGCAGCGGGCCUAUGGUCGGAGGCCAAGAAGGUCCUUCAAAGUCUGGAGCUCGUAAGAGGAGGCCAAGAGUGCAUGGGCUCGAUGAGAAUGGAGCAAAGCCCACUCUGCAACAAGCCCUACUGGCAUCUUGGCUUGAUCCCGCCGAGCCAGGACAGCGGUGAUCCCCCUCUUGAACUGACUGCACCACCUGCAGAGUCCUUCCUAAUCUCGGCCUGGCGUCCGAACUCAAGCACCCCAUUCGACCCUC